GCUAAGAACCCGAUCUAUGGAAACCAAUCAUCGCAGCGACUGGGUCGUGUACAUCCGAUAACGAGUGGUAUCAUGGAAUAGCGACGAAUUCAAAGAUAGUUAACAUUGUUAUCGCCACUAUUAGCCUACGACUAUAUAUAGGAUUUUCUACCUAGGUAAACACGCCUGAGAUCGAUCCAAGCACCCAAAUUCAUAUACAUAUUUACCAAAUUACUAUUUUCUACUUAACAAAAUGUAUUUUAUUGGUCCAUUUGUAUUGUUCUUGGCAGUAUGUUCUGCUAUUGUGCCUCAGGAACCCAUAGCCCUGCCUGAUAGUUCAGCAGCGCCAUUCUCACCACCGGUCGUUAAAUCGGUAUCUUUCUCAGGCAAUGGCUGUCCCCAAAAUGGCGGAAAGAAGCAAGUUUCAGGUGGAUGGCGACACUUUACUUUCACGCUCCCUGACUUUGCAGCAUCUUUCGGAGGGAGCAAGCCUAAAUCUGUCAACUGUCAAGCGCAUAUGAACCUAGCGGGAGGUGAGCCAGGUUGGCAGGUUGCGCUCAAAGAUGUUUGGACAAAGGGGCACUUGGAAUUAAGCCAAGAAGUGAAGUUAACGCAGUUUGUCACCAUAUACUACAGUCAAGACGCCGCAAAUACAAUUUCUUCGGUUGAAACGGUAGAGAAUCCUCCCAACUCAAGCUCCACGCGAGAUAUCACCAUCCAUUCGAGUAUCCCGAUGGAAGGCCUUGUUUGGUCACAAUGUACCGACUCAAAUGGUAACGUCGGAAUCUUGAAUGUAAAUUUUCGCGUAGCAUUCACGUCAACGAAUGCCGCAUCUUACGCAUACUAUGGUGGAGGUAGAAAUUCAAGUGUCAGUGAGAAGUGGAAUUGGGUAUGGAGGCGGUGUUAACCUGGACUGAAUAGUUUGAUUUGAAGGUAGCUGUUCUGCCAUAUAUUAGGAAGGCUUAUAAUGACAGUGCCUUUCCACCCGCAACUCCCUUGUGCCACCCAAACAUCGAAGAGGCCCCCGAUCCCUAUGUAUAUCUAGACGCAACUCCUCGUAGCUAUAGUGAGACUUGAAUAUGAGAAGAUUGAUCCAUGGCUUCAUUACUUCC